UGUGUUUUUAUACUUUCAAUCAACAAGUUCAUUGGCAAUUGUCCUAUUUUUGUUAUUUUCAAGGAAGAUACUUACUAUUUUAUAUUUUCAGCUCGCGGAAUCAUCACGAACGUUAUCACAACAGGAGCCAGAGAAACCAUAGAUAGUGGUAAUACCUCUGAUGAUGACGUCAUUGAGGUCGUAAGAGAUGAAGCUCCAAUAGAAAUACUAUCAGAUGGAGAAGAAAUGGAACUAGAGAAUACAAGAAAGUCUUGUAUUCAACAAAACUUUGAAUUCACUACUCAGACUCCUGAGUCUACGUCAGAGUGUAAAACUAUGAAGGAUGACGAGGCAAAUUUCAAUUUUAUUGAUAUUGAAAAUUCUGUAAAUCCAGAACAUAUAUUCGCUCCUGUUAUAUCUAAUACUGUAUCAUUGGAAAAUAAGAGUGAAGUAGAAAAGGCUAAGGAAAGCGCUGCACUUAAUGAUACUGUAGUGAAUGAAAACAAUAUUUCUGAUAAUAAUGACUCUAAUGAAAAAGAAAAUCAUAAACAAGAUGAAGUGGAUCCUGCUAAAGAUCCUCUUGCAUCAAAAUCCUCGGAAGAUGGAGAGGGAGAUAAUAAAUCCUCUGAAUAAUGUUAUUACUAAAUGUAUGCUUUAGUUUUAAGUGUGUUGUGAAUCGUUUAUUCUGUUUUUGGGUAUUAUUUGUACUUAUACAAUAAAAAAUAAAAAUUAUUUAUAACUAUA